AUGUCAGUCACGCUACAUACAAGCCUCGGGGACCUCAAGAUCGAGGUGUUUUGCGAGACGGUGCCCAGGGCAGCAGAGAACUUCCUCGGACACUGCGCAGCGGGGACAUACGACGAUGUCAAGUGGCACAGGAACAUCAAGGCCUUCAUGAUCCAGACGGGCGAUCCGACCGGUACAGGCAAAGGCGGCCAGUCGAUAUGGGGCAAGCCGUUCGCCGACGAGAUCCGGGCGACACUCAAGUUCAAUGCCCGGGGCAUCGUGGCGCUGGCCAAUUCGGGUCCCAACACCAACAAGUCGCAGUUCUUCAUCACGUACGCCAAGCAGCCGCACCUCGACGGCAAGUACACCAUUCUCGGCAAGGUCAUCGAUGGCGCCGAGGAUGGCGGCACGCUCGACGCCAUGGAAAAGGUGCCCGUCGACGAAAAGAACCGUCCCAUCCACGAGAUCCGUAUGAAGGGCGUCACAAUACAUGCCAACCCGGUUGCCGCCAAGGCCAGCGGGCGGUAG